GUUAGGUGUUUAAAAUGCGAUGGAAGUUCAUUCCAGAGCUUAAUCCCUCUCGCGGAAAAAGCUAGGAAGUAAAGUAAUUUUGUUUAUACCAGCUGGUCAGACGAUGGUUAUUAGCAUCAAAGUUACGGCUUUUAAGAAUAGGACCAAUACACCCACGUAUGGCGCCAGUAUUAUAUGGCAGUUAUGUACCGUAUUAUAUUCCAAUAUGAGUCUUCGAGCGGCCAGCAGCAGGAACCACAGCAGCAGCCACAACGGCAACAACAGCACCAGCACCAGCACCAACCGCAGCAGGAACGACAGCAACAACAACAGCGGCAGCACAAAUGACUACUGCAUCGGCACAUUUAAAAAAGCAAGAGAGGAACUUAAAAAAGUGGCUUUAAAAGCAUUAUUUAAACUACGUAAAGAAAUGGGCAAUUCACCAUUUUCCAUACAUUGGUUCAUUGGUCAAACACAAAGCGCUCAAGUGAGGCGCCAAGGUACUUUUAAAGGAUUAUUCGAAUUUGAACCUUGCAACCUCGACUGAAUGCUUUGUGUUUGACCAGUGAACCGAUGUAUGGAAAAUGGUGAAUAAUUUUAGAACAGAUGUUAGCUUGACGAUUAAACUUUAUAAUUCUCUCAUAAAACCUAUUUUGUUAUAUGGCUGUGAAGUGUGGGAAGUGGACACAAGUAAAAAUUCUGAUUAUGCACCAGAAGAACAAAUACACAUUAAGUUCUGUAAAAUGCUACUCGGGGUGAGCAAAAC